UUUAACUCCACCAUAUAAACCUACGCGCGCAUUCACGCACACACACCAACACGUAGGAAAACUAUUUUGACGUUACAGCAAAACAACACAGCCAUCAAAAAUUGUAAAUUUACAAAACGCAAAGCAAUCGACCGCACAUCAAAUCAACAUUUUCCACCCAACAGUAUCGAAUAAGCUUGAUAAUUUCUGCAUAGAUCUACUUCUAGUGUGCGUACCUGAAAGCCAUCGUAUUUGUAUGACAACCAUUUCGAAGGCCUGUCCUGUUCGUUACUGCCGUUGCUGCUGUUAUCGUCGCUGCUGACACGGCAUAAAUGUUAGGAUACCGAUCAGGGCGCGUUCUGCGGUGCAAAGGGAAGUAAAGGGCUGCAAUCCAGAUCGAAGGAUUGCGUAAAACGAACCGCCAACAGUAAGACAACAUGGCUAGCAACAACGCUAUGUACAUCCGGCAGCAGAUGUCGGCCCUGCUGGGCAGUACGUCGACUUCGAUAAAGUUCAUCUGCAUAGCGACGCUGGUCGGGUAUAUGAUUUCCUUCUCUGAACGGAUAUCCGUGCUGCUGUGCGUCACACCCGGCUACCUGAUGCCACCGACGUUCUGGAUAUGGACCAUCUUUACCUACUUCUUUAUCGAGCAGCACUUCUGGGAGGUGCUGGUGGAUCUGGUAACGGUUGGACUGUGCGGCAAGCUAAUCGAACCGUCCUGGGGCCAGAUGGAAAUGUUGCACUACUUCGCCAUCACCAAUACCGGGGUGGCCAUCUUGACUAGUUUCUAUUAUUUGUUCUACUCGAUGAUAACCAAAGAUGCGGAGAUUCUAUUCAACGUUCGUAUUUAUGGGCUUGCUGGAAUGAAUGCAGCAAUAAGUGUAGCCGUUACACAGAUAAUGCCCGACCAUCUAAUAGCCAGAACACCGCUCGGUAAAUUCUCCAACAGAAAUGUACCAUUGACCGUUGUCAUAGCAUCAAUUUUGCUAUGGGCUUGUGGAUUACUAGAUGGAACGUACCCAGCAAUGUUUGCAUCGGGCCUGUACGUUUCCUGGGUAUAUUUGCGAUUCUAUCAGCGGCACUCUAACGGCACACGUGGUGACAGUGCGGAAAACUUCCGCUUUGCAAGCUUCUUCCCGAACGUGUUGCAGCCAUUCAUUGCAGUCAUUGCAAACCCAGUGUACCUGGGCUGUCUGCGAAUAGGGCUUGUAAAACGGUUGAGUCCACAGCAGUCAAACUCUUCUUCGCUGCAAUCGGUCAGCGUACAGCUGCCGGGUGUCGAUCCGCAUGAUAUGGAACGACGGAGGCAAAUCGCCCUGAAAGCAUUAAGCGAACGGUUGUCCAAAACGACCGACUCUAGUCGUCAGAACACCGUCCCGAAGUCAUUCCCACAAACCACCACUGGAAAGCACCAUCAUCAUCAUGGGCACCACGGGCAUGGGCACAGCCACGGACAUAAUCAUCAGCAACAUCAGCAGCAGUUCGGUGGGCUUCCACCUUUUCAGGGUUUCCCUAUGACGGUGGAUCGUCCAGCGAUAGCAUUACCUCCGCCACCAUCGAUGAUUGCGUCGACCAGUAGUGGCAUCGUUGGUGGAUUACCAGCGAACCCAUCUUUGCCCAGCACGGCUAGUCUACCGUCCACUGCACCAGUGAACAGCACGUCCACGUCCUCUUCGGUUACCGCGAACCUGAUAAACCUUGACUCAACCGAAGCUAACAGCAGUAGUAGCGGUGUCCCACCCGGUGGGCAACCAACGUCCACAGUUUAAGUGGCUAGACAUCUCUAUGCACCCGGUCACAGCUCUAGUACCAUAACAAGCCUUCGGCAUAGCUUUAAGCGUUGUUCUGUUUCGUAUUUGUUUAUUUUCCCACAUAUAGUACCAUCGUACCGUGUUUGGUGUAGAAGUAUUCUUCCUUGUUCUACCAGUGAUACAUCGACAACACAGAUUCAAAUAGACAAACGUUGCUGUCGCAUUAUCUAGGCACUGCUACACUGGAUGCAUACUUGAAUAUAGAUGAAAAUUGAUUUCAAAAUCCCCCAAAUAUCGACGUAGUGCAGUAAGCAAGCGUAAAAUGAAUGCGCUAUUCAAAUUAGUGACGAUGUUUCUAUGCUUUGAAUGAAAUGCAAUCUACUAGCAUGUGAUGGUGAGUCAGGCUGAGGGAUCGUUAAUAGAUGAUAUUAUUCCAGCGUUCGGUGGACGAUCUAAUUCUUCAAUCCUCAGUAAAUCUGAAAACACGACAAAGAAAUGAAAAUAAAAUAAUAACAAUUGAGUCAAAUGA